AUGAAAGUGUUAUUCGUUUUACUCAUCUUUGUAACAAUACAUUGUGAAAUGCUAUUGGUUUCCUAGGAUGAAAAAUUUAUUGAUGACGAUAAUGAUUUUGUAGGUGGAGUAUUUCCGACUACAGAUUCAAAUUCUGAUGUACUAAACUUGUUAUUCUUUUUAGACCUAUAAUAAAGCACUUUAGUAUGCAUAAGAACAUUAUGCUGAGAGUUGCAAAUUGAGUGAUCUUUAGUGGCAAAGCUUAGAUGGUUCAAAGAAUCAGAUGGUUUAAGGGAUGUUGUACUAUGUAAAUAUAUAGGAUAUCAAAAUAGUUCAAUGUAACUCUAAAGGGUAAGGACAGACAAGAGAAAUAUGAGAUUCAAGUGUGGAUUUAGGCUAAUUAAGAAUAAAGUGCUGAAAUUACUCAAUGUAAACAAUUAUGA